AUGGAAAGAGAAAAUGAGAUGAUUAAGAGAGAAAAGUACUUGACAGAAAUGGAACAAACGAUAUUAGGAAAGAUGGACAAGUUAGAGAAAGAACACAUAAAGAAGGAACGGACAUUACAUUUAAAGGAACAAGAAUUCACUUCAUAUAUGAAAGAGACACAAAAGAAAAUGAACGACAAAAUAGACAAGUUAGAAACGUGGUACCAAAGAAAGGAGAGAGAGAUUAAAGAAAAGGAACUAGCGAUAGAAAAAAUGAAAGAUGAAGGGCGAGAAAAGCUGGAGCAUAAACCAGAAAGGACUGACACAAAGAAAAAGUCAGUAAGAAUAGAUACAGACACAGAUACAGAGGAUGAUACAGAUCAUAUUGAAGAGUCUGAUAGACGGAGGCAAAGAGCUAAUAAAGGCCUAGACAAUUUGAACCUGAAACUGAACUUAACACCGUUUUCAGGAAUGGAGCCAGUGCCUCGUAAUGAAGCUACCUUUGAAGAGUGGAAGCUAGAAGUAGAAUGCGUGAAGGCAAUCUAUUCAGAAUUAGUAGUAAUUCAGGCUAUAAGGAAAGCCCUUAAAGGACAAGCUAAGAGAAUCAUGCUUCACCUAGGCCCUUAUGCAUCUGUAGAAAAGAUAGAGAAGAAAUUAGAAGAUGCUUUUGGAAAUAUUGCAAGUAAAGACAGUAUACUUUCACACUUCUUUCUUGCAGAACAGGAAGUCAAUGAAUCUAUAGUAGAAUGGGGUCUAAGACUAGAGGAUAUGCUCUUGCAAGCAUCAAGGAAAACAAGGAUUGAAGAAAAGGAGAAGGAAGAUAUGUUAAAAAGAAAGUUCUGGAGAGGCCUAAGAAAUGAAGAGUUACAAAAUGCAACAAGAGUUCAUUUCGAAAGUGAUAUAUCGUAUGAACAAUUACGAAAACAAGUAAGGUCAGAAGAAUUUGAAAUGAAAGUACAAAAGGAAAGGAAGGAUAAGAAAGAGAAGCCUCCAACAAAUAAAGCUAAACAAUCAGCAUUGAACUUUCAAGAUGAUGAAGGAAAACAGAUGAUGAAACUCCUGAUAGAAAAGAUGGAACAGUUGGAUCAGAAAGUCAAUGAUUUAAAGAAGGAAAAUGAACAAUUGCAGAAGAACAGAGAAACACCACAAAGAGACAAGGAAGGAUACAGAUAUAACAGAGGUCGAGGAUACAACAGAGGAAGAUGGAACAGAAGAGGAGGAAGAGGACAAGAUACACAACAAGGACAAAGCUCAAAUGAGAAUAACAAGAAACCUGACAAAACAGCCGGUUUAAACGAGAAAGGUUCUUCAUGA